UGUGCAUGUUGACUCUGUCACGCCUUCAUGGCUUAUUGGGACACAUGAAUGUAACAAAGCCAUAAUCGUUGAGAUGAUGAUGGAAGGAAUGACGUGCAAUCCUGUGAUACAUCCAGGUACAGUGCUGUCAGUGAGAGCUGACACUCAUUCUUUCUCUGAGGCUGAAGGAAAAAAAAGAAGAGGGCAUUACACACAAACCCCUCAGUGUGGAAGGCACUCAGUAUCUCACCACAUCAUGACGACUAGAUCUGCACUCCUGUUUCUGGCGGCCCUUGUUGGAUCCUGUGCUCCAUUCACAGACACUGUCAACACUGGUGUAAGAGAAUAUGAACCCUCAACAGAAAUAUCAGACAAGACAGAAAGUUACAUGCCAAUACUUUGCUCACCAGCACCUGGCCCCUGGUCUCCGUCCUCUUCAGUUGAUACUCUCAGACCUGCUGAUAUCUCAGCUGUUUACAUUCUGGGAAUGCCGUUCUCACACAGGGAUGAAGCAUCCAGAGUGGCCAGUAGUCUGACUGAGUUGCUGUCCAUGUUUAAUCCUGACAUGAUCACUCAACAUGUGGAUCAGACCUCAGCGCAGCCAAAGAGUUUAUUGGAGGAAGCUGAGGAACUGUCUCUUUCCUUGUCACAUCAGGUCUCAGACUGGAAGUUCGUGCUGCUGUUUGUCCCGGCAGACUCCAUGUGUGCCUGCUCUCCACAUGUUGCUGCAGAUGUUGAAGCUGUUGUGCAGGAUGUGGAAGCAGUUCUGCAGAUAUUGCAAAAAAGGUUGCGUCGGGCUUUAGUUCAUGUCGCAGUAUGGAGCACAUAUCUUCAGCAGAACAACAUGUGUGAGUGCAUGAGAGAUGAAAGUAUAAACCAACGCCUACAUAAAGCAACUCUGCUAAAAACACUGCAGGACUCUCUAAGUCAUGUCUUGGAAAAUCCGAGGUGGCACAGCAAAAGUGCAGACUUCACCGCCAUGCUCCAGCCUGCCCCAGUUAUCCUUGAACCCAACUCAGACUCUGAUAACGCACAGUCUGAAUUAAACCAACUUGCUGUUCAGCUGUGGACAAACAUGCUUCAACCAAUGACAGGUCAGACAGAGGUCAUGGACAACGAUGUCAUUGCUAUUCCUUGCCCUACCCAGGAACGACCUUUACUGCGGACACGGAGAAAUUCUCCCACUGACAGAGAAAAGACAGUUCACAGCAAAGCCUCUACACUCACAGAUCCUGUUAUGGGCACUGAGAUACCUUGCGCAGACCGCAGUCCAUCUCCCACUACACCAGCAUCUGUUCAUGAACUCAGACCUGGAGACAUCAAGGUUGUGGCAGCAGUAGGCGACUCUCUGACAGCAGCCAAUGGUGUGGGUGCAAAGUCAGACAACCUUCUGUUAGUGAUUAAUGAGUACAGAGGACUGUCAUGGAGCAUUGGUGGUGAUGCAAACAUUACCACUGUAACCACUCUGCCAAACAUCCUGAGGGAGUUCAACCCCUCCCUGACCGGCUUCUCACGGGGAAUAGGUAACGAGAAAUCUCCUCAGGCCUUUCUCAACCAGGCUGUGACAGGAGCUAAGAGUGGUGAUAUGGUGCGACAGGUGCGCGUCUUAGUGGACAAAAUGAAAAAUGAUUCGCGCAUUGAUUUCCACAAUGACUGGAAAGUUAUCACCAUGUUUAUUGGAGGCAACGACAUUUGUGACUUCUGCACAGACAGCGCUUUCUUCUCACCCAGGAAUGUGAUCACGCGUAUCCGCCAAGCUCUGGACAUACUCCACAGUGAAGUUCCCCGUGCCAUCGUCAAUCUGGUCGAGCUGUUAAACAUUGUAACACUGCGUGAUCUGCACAGAGAUAGCACUCUGGGCUGCCCCACCUGGUUUGUAAGUUUAGUUUGCCCCUGCAUACUGAAGCCUAAACAGGGAUCCUCUGAACUCCAGACGGUCAAUGACUUCAACAGAGCUUAUCAGCAUGCUAUGAGAGAGCUAAUUGACUCUGGGCGGUAUGACACACACGACAACUUCACUGUGGUACUGCAGCCCUUCUUCAGGGAGGUAUUCCUUCCCCUGUUAGAGGAUGGCCGGCCUGAUCGCUCGUACUUUUCACCCGACUGUUUUCAUCUCAGCCAGAAAGCUCACACUCUCAUGGCUCGUGCUCUUUGGAACAACAUGUUAGAGCCAGUGGGCAACAAGACUUUUACGCAAGACUUCACAGCAGGCGUUGAUUUGAAGUGUCCCUCUGAGAGCAACCCAUUCUUCAGGACUGCUAUCAACAGCAACUACACCUUUCCAGGCCCACUACCCACACCUGCUCCUGUUACUAACUGGGGAAGUGACUUUUCCUGUGUGAACACAGCUCCGUCCAACUCUGUGCCCACUUCAGCUCACAGGAUACGGCCAGCAGACAUCAAGGUGGUGGCUGCUCUGGGAGACUCUAUAACGGCUGGGUUUGGUGCGAAGGCAAAGAAUCUGCUGCAGCUAAGAACCGAGUACAGAGGCGUGUCAUGGAGCAUUGGAGGAGACAAAAAACUCGAGACUGUCACAACAUUACCCAAUAUCCUUAAGAAGUUCAAUCCUAAAAUCAAAGGAGUGUCAAAGGGACAAGGGAAAAGGCAGACUGGCUUAAACAUGGCUGUAUCAGGGGCUAAAAUAUCAGGAAUCCCAGGGCAGGUCCGACGUCUGAUUGAUACCAUUAAGAAUGACUCUUCAGUGGAUUUCGAGAAUGACUGGAAGCUGGUGACCCUCUUCAUUGGAGGCAAUGACCUGUGUCAGUACUGCAACGACCGGGCCUCUUUGUCACCUCAGAACUACAGCUAUCAUAUGAUGACAAGCCUGGACAUGUUGUACAAAGAGGUUCCCAGGACAAUAGUUAACGUCUUGGAGAUCCUGGAGAUUGAAGGUCUUCGCAGGAUCAAGAGGGAUAGUCUUGGGUGCAGUGUGUUACAAAAGUAUGUCUGCCCAUGCUUCUUGUUGCCCGGAGAGGAUUCCCCAGAGCUGGCUGAAGUGAAACGGAUCAAUCGAGAACUACAGAUUGAGACAGAAAAUCUGGUGUACGGAGGCCGCUAUGACGGCAGAGAGGACUUUGCAGUGGUUGCACAGCCCUUUUUUCAGAACUCUAUCGUUCCUUUGAAUGCUGAUGGCAGACCUGAUACUACUUACUUCUCUGAAGACUGUUUCCACUUCAGUGAGCGUGGACAUGCUGACAUGGCUAUAGCUCUGUGGAAUAACAUGUUGGAGCCAGUGGGUAAAAAACAGACGUACAACAAUUUCACAAACGCCAGAAAUAACAUCAAAUGCCCCACUGAGGAGCAUCCAUACAUCUUCACAAAGGCGAACAGCCUGCCCAGUUCGACCACCACUACAGCACCCAAAACCGACAGCACCACCUUUCCUCUCACCUCCACCACCUCCACCACCACCACCCCCACCCCAGCACCCACAACGCACAGCACAGCCCUGCCUCUCACUUCUGAUUGCUUGGACAGUGUGCCAGUAUGGCUCGCUGCUGUGCUGGCAGUUAUUGGUCUUCUCAUUGGCUGGAGUGUCACCUGGCUCCUCCUUUCCUGCAGAGCCAAGAGAAGCAAGAGGAAAAUGACGGCUACAGUGGAGAUGAAGGGCACUGUGUUUUAAAGUGCUACUUACUGUAUUUUUGUGCUGAACUAUUUGAGGGAAAAAAAAUACAAAACAAUGUUUAAAGUGAUUGUAGAAAGCACAUUGUUUGUGGUGAUAAGGCAGUUUUUCAUGACAUCUGCUCUGUCUAGAGAAGAUAAUUAUUUUCCUAGAACCACAGAAAAUGUGAGUGGAUGCAGAAAUGGAAAAGGUACACUGGUCUUAAGUAAAGCAGUAAAUAAGAUAACCUAGUGAAGUCUUGGAUUUAAACCUUACAGAAGUCAAAGGGUGGAAAAAAAUUAUUGUAAUUGUGUUCAAGUAUUUAGUACUCAUGAAGGAUGGUUCCCUUCACAUUUUUAUAUCACUGUUGCAUCAACCAGGAAGGUGCAUUUAAAUGUUGUAGCUGGUCUAACAACUGACUUAAUGAAAAAUGACAAUCUACAACCAAUAUAAAUCAACCACAGGAAGUUUUCUGCUGUUGUAUGUUUAAUGUUAAUACUGUGAAAAUGUAUGUAAUGUGAAAUGGAGUCACACACAAUACUCGACUCAAAUUUUUGAGUACUUGAAUGAAAUGUACUUAGUUACUCUUUCUUGAUGUAACAACAGUACACUUGUUGUAGGUGUGUUGUCAUUAUAUGCAAUGAUAAACUUUGAUAGAAAAGACAAUAUAAUUAAACAUUCUUGAAAUUUUUUUUAAAUAACCUUGUCA